CGACGACGAAAUGAUGGCGACCGCCGCAGAAGAAAUAUUUCAAAGCCCAUAUCCCAUUUCUGAGCGCCAUGUCACGACUAUGUCCAUCAAAAUUACGCGGAAAAACCAGGAUAAACCCUGGAAAUUGAGAUUAAUUUACCUGCAGUGCUAUUUUAUGUCAAUUGCAACGAUACUGGGAACUGGAAUCUUAGGACUUCCUGUCACAAUAGCACAUGCAGGACUCAUGCCUUUCCUGGUCUCCUUUAUAAUUGGUUUCUUUGUGCAGGCUCUCCUCAUAUACCUCUUUGUUGACCUGCUCCAGCGAUGCCAAGUUGUCCAGAUUGAGUCAUUGAAGACUACAGAGACAGAGCGAAUUCUAAUGCAAGACGUUGGAUUGGAGGAGCCUGUUCUCACUAAUACAGAGGAGGAGGAAGAGGAGGUGGAGGAUGGGGAAGAAGCAGACACGGGCCUCCUGCAGCAGGACGCGGCCAGACAGACUCUGGAGGAGAAGCUACAGCCUAAUCUUCAUGUGUUGGGGCUCCUCUUCCUCAGCAAACCUAUGAGCCAUGCCUUCAACUUCAUCCUACUCUUCCAGUUUGUGUCUAUUGGGAUCAGCUAUGUCCUAGCUGGCAGUGAGGCCUACGCCGCUCUUCUACAUGUGAGCCAUAUCUAUGUCAUUCCUGGGUUUACCUGGACACUCUCUCUUGGAAUCCUGCUGGCUCAGAUGGUCAUUCAGCCAAUCACGUCGCUACUGACCCUCCUGAAAGGCAUCAUGCUGAUCAUCACAGUGGCCGUGACAUUUGCUUUGGGGUCAGAAGUUCAACAGGAGACCACAAAUGACUUCAGCCAAAUUGGUAAACCUUUCCUAAUGGGCACCGUUGCACUGGGAGGUAUUGUCAACGUGAUGCCUCUCCUGUUCUCAGAAAUAUCUCACAACAAGACACAGAUCAUGUGGUUCAGAAGAGUCAUACUGGGAGGACUAGCCACAUGCACCGUUCUGAAUAUAUUAUGGUGCUGGGCUGUUUUGGAGAUCGUCCCCCAGAUGUCAGUUCAGAGGGUUAUGGAGGAAGGUGUGGUGAACACUACCAGUGGUGUCGUCUCUGAGUCCUCUCCAACAGCCUACACCAUGGUCUACUCCAACAUCUCCCUGGAGGAGUCAGAGAAAGCAGGAGAGAUUGCAACAAUCCCACUGACAAAGAUAAUCAGUCUGAAGUACCGUCACUACUCGUGGGUGGCAGAGCUGAUCCAGAUUUUUAUUGCCAUCAGUAUAACAGUGUCCUUUCUGGUGAUGGGAUCUGCCAUGAAGCACACAAUUGAUGGCCUUGUGAACUCACACUGGAACACCAAGUUGGAAUGGAUGUCUAAAGUCUGGGAGAGGACAUUACCACAGAGCUUCCACAGAUGCAGUUCAAGAGGUCUUGCCAAUGGGCUCAUAUCUCUGCUUGCAUUUGGAAUCAUUUUUAUUGUCUCAUUGUGUGAUCCAAGGGGAUUUGUGGUGAUGUUGGACAAAGUGGUGUCUUUCUCUUUGAACACUGAAGUUGGGUUGUUCAUCUUUGUGAUGCUGCGAGCCUCCAGAUCAGAGGGAUUUCAACACCUGACAGUGCCUCUGCCUGUGGGCCAGCGGGUCUUCCAACUCCACUGGACCUUGCCUAUUUACUUCCUGUUUGCUGUGGCCUACGAUGUUAUCCAGAGCAUCGUAGAGAUAGCAGAGCACAAUUUACAGCACUCCUCCCAACCUCUCCUCACCAACUAUUCUUUGAGCUGAGCACUACUGUGAACGAUGGACGGUAGCCGCAAGCCUGGGAGCCGUGUGGUGGUGAUAACAAUGCUGUGUUCAUUUGCUCAUUCAUGGACGUCAUGCAGCUUCCUCUUGAACAUUAACAGCAUCAGGGAUGUCUCCUACGGUCAACUAUUUCAUGUACUGUAAGGGCUCGAUUCAAUCAGAUCCGUGUUGGUCAACAUCUGCAUAGCGGUUGUUUUGUCGGUGGCAGAUAUGGAACUGCGUUAGCUGUCAAAUCCAAAAGUGACUCCAGGCAUUACACCUAAAGUGGACAUUGCCAUUGGCUGCACGAAGUUGCUAUAACAGAAAUUCCAUGCAGCCUUUUUUAGAAGUUUGAACACUACAAUGUGGGAUGUAGUCUACACCUUGAUUAAGAUUAUUAUUUAGUUUCAUUAUUUUCAAUUUGAGCGAAAUUCUUUCUAUAUAGCCUACACUUUCUUAUUCUGAACUUCUAGAGAUUUGGGCAGGUGUGGCUUUGUGACAAUGAUGGAAGAGCAGCUGCUCACCGAUUUGAUGGCUCGAACGCAGUUCCACCUUCGACAUCGCCUAAACAUCCGCUAUGUGGGUGUCUGUAAUUGCAGGUUAACACUUGAUCUGAAUUGAAUCUCGGUCUAUGUUUCAUUUUCAUGUAAUUAUUUUGUAUUGAAUUACCAGCAGUCAUGCUAUUAGGGAGUCUUUACAGCUCAAUAUAUGCAUUGUUUAACAGCGCAACCAGAGAAUAUACACAAUUAUUUUAGUUUAGACAGUAAAUGUACAGACUGGUGAGUCAUCAAAACAGCCAAUAACUGGUAUGAUGCCACAGCAUGAUGUCUGGGAUCUCACUAUUGAAAAGUUGCCUACAGCUUCUUUCCCUACAAAUGCUUUCAUAUGUAUGUAUCUAACUAGCUGAACAUGUUUAGAAUAAACAGAUAAACAAGGGGAAAAUCCAAUAAAAAAUGAUAUAUUAAUAUCAAAAUA